CCCUUAUUUGUUUAGAAGCGCGCCGCUUCGUCUCUGUUUCUCCUUUCCCAAGUUUCCAGCUUUGAAGUCUUGUAAGAAAGGACUUUUCUUUUUCCUCAACUUUGAACCCAAAACAGAACUUAUCACCACUACCAUAAAUACUUCUCUUUUUCUUUUUAUAUAAAGGAAAAGUAUCAUCAUCAUGCGUGCUAGAUUGGUGGUGUUCCCAAUUAAAGGGAAAAACUGGUGCUUUAGCAGAUCCAUUGACCUGUCUACAUCAGAAUCUUCCGCUGCUAGCACACCUUCCACUGUUAAAGAGCUUUGCAAGAAGAUUUCAUCCAAUUCCAAGCCCCUCAGUGCCAAUGCUGAGCUUCUUGUCGAUUUCAUUUCCAACAAGAUGAAUAAGGCUUGGAUAGGGUUAGAAAAGGCGGCUGAGGGCAGUUUCAAAAACAAGCUACAUGGGUUGGGGCUGCGGCUUUUAGCUCGAGUUAAACCAUCUGAGAUUUUGUUGAAAUCUAUUACCAAAGACGUUACUAAUGUGCUUUUAGACUGCUGGUUUGUUCCUCAUACUUCUAACAUUUUUUGCAGUUUAAAUGCACGACUUGUGCGGCGAAGAUUACGGCAAAUAGCCUUGAGGGGUACUGUUUUACACAGGAAAUACUUUUAUGGUUCGGUUUCAUUGCUUCCAUUGACUACUGCAUUUACUGUUCUGCCUCUGCCUAACAUUCCAUUCUUUUGGGUCUUGUUUCGCACAUAUUCGCAUUGGCGGGCUGUCCAGGGAAGUGAGAAGCUCCUUCAGCUAGUCUCCGAUUACUCCCUAGUUCAAAACUCAAUUAUUUUGAGUGGGAAGGGGAAUGAAUCGGAGCAUAAUGAUUCGAAAUGUGGAACUAAGAAUUCACCAAGUUCCCAAUGGGUGUUGGAGCCAUCGAAGGAAUUGGAGGACCUUAUUAACCGGGGACAUGAAGAAAAUUAUCUUAGUGAGCAAGCUAUCUCAGAUAUAUGCAAUAGUUUUAGUUUGAACAAGAACGAUGUUUUGAAGUGCAGAGAUUUAGUGUAAUUGACAUUUUCAAUGCAGUAUUGCAGAAUGAAUUGCCCAAAAGAAACAGAGCAUUUAGAUGAAUAUGACAUUCAUAUUAUAUUAACAUCUAUGUAUCUUCAUUUUUAUAUUUGAAGACACUUUGGGUUAUAGAAAUUAUGAAAUUAUAUACUCUUGGAAGUCAAGAA